CAAUGUGACAUUUGUGUACCAUCAAACAUUUAGCUGCAAAUUUACGUAAUUUGCCUUCAUUAAAUUGAAUUUUUUUGUAAAAAUUUCUUAAUUGAGGCAAAUUUCCAAUAACAAAAAUGGGUAAUGCAUUAAUACGUGCUGCUCAUCCUGACACCAUGCCAGGACCCGACUGUGUACCCUCAUUCGAUCCUCUGAUGGGUGCACCAAAUCGCAAAGAACGUGUCAUGAAAGCGAGCACAGAAGAAAUGAUUUCUGCCAAACUGCCAUUAGCUGAUCGUGAUUAUUGUGCCGAUAAAUUGUUGAAAUAUCGUGCCUGCCGUGCUGAUGUAUUCCCAUGGUUGUACAAAUGUCAUCAUGAGAAACAUGAAUACAUGAACUGCGAAUAUGAGGACUAUGUAUUGCGUAUGAAGGAGUUCGAACGUGAGAGACGAUUGUUGGAACGUCAAAAGCGUUCAGAAGCAGCUGCCUAAGGUAAAACCCACAACAUACAUAUGUACACAGCAAUUAGUUCAAUUUCUUUCUAUUGGAAGCUGGGACUUUAAAGUUUUCUUUACGUAAAUACGAGAAUUAAGAAGCCAAUAAAGAAGUGUUAAAAAAUUUAAAUUGUUUAACAAUAAAUUCCUAAUAAUAAGUCGUAAAAA